AUGACUUUAAAAAAGAAGUCAAACGAAGAGUAUCGCAGGGAAUGGAAUGAAGUGACAAAGCUAGUGUACAAUCGGUUCCAAAUCUGCUUAUUCCUUGGCUCCUCCACGUGGGUAGUACUUCUCGAGGGUGCUCUCCGGGAUACGUUUAAGCAUUUCACGUGGGAAGAUACGGAGGAGUUGCCAUCCGAUGUCAAGAGAUUCGAAGACGGUACGGUUCUCGUAGUGUCCUGUAAAAGUCUUCUCGAAUUUGACGAGGAAUUCAAGGUAGAGCAAAUCAUCAGAAGACAAGGCUUCCUCUCCGACGACAGCCUUCAUGGCUUGUACGUCCUUUCCGAUAGCGUAACAAGCGUAGAGCUGGUUAGAAACAUCAGAAUGGUCUUCUCUUGUCAUGCCCUCUCCAAUAGCGGACUUCAUGAGACGGGAAAGCGAUGGGAGUACGUUGAGUGGUGGGUGGAUAAGACGAUUGUGGAGUUGACGAUCGACGUAGAUUUGUCCCUCAGUAAUGUAUCCAGUCAAAUCUGGGAUAGGGCUAGGAAUUCGGCGGCGGUCAAGGCAAUACGUGGAGUAAUGAUACGUUCGAUGGUUGGAUCGUUGGCCAAGUUAAGGAAGAGGCACACAUUCUCCAUGGAUCCGUUCUCUUCGAAAUCUUGCUUGAAGAAACGAGCAGUUUCCAUGUUAACUCCCAUAGCAGCGAAGACAAUAGCGAAGUUGGUUUGCUCAUGUGGCUUGCCUGGAAGUUGA